AUGCCACAAUUUCUAGACCUACCAACUGAACUCAUUCACAUCAUAUCGGAGUUUCUAGAUGACGAGUACACGAUAAAUUCCCUCCUCCAAACAAACAGGAGACUCUUCACUCUCCUAAACCCCGCCCUCUACCUGUACCAUGCUCAAUCUCCACUACCGACAGCUCUCGAAUGGGCAGCCAGGCAUGGCUUCGAAAGAACAGUGCGCUAUGCGCUAGAUGCUGGCAUUUCGCCAAAUCAGGCCUACGAUCAAGAUUGGUUGCCCUUGGCCUUGGCUUGUAUUCACGGACAUGAAGGCGUGGUGCGCAUUUUGCUUAAACAUGGAGUCGACCUCAAUGCGGAUGUGGAAUGGGGCAAUUUUGAUGUUUACGAUGAUCGGUUCGAGAGUGAGGAUUAUGGGUAUCCGGCCGCGUUGGCUGCUCGGAGGGGCCAUGAGUCUAUCGUGAAGCUGCUGAUCGAGUUUGAUAGCCCGAUCGAUGAUGAGACGGAGCGCGACGAUACGCCUCUUGGGAUGGCGGCUGGAGCUGGGCAUCUGUCUAUGGUGAAGUUCUUGGUAGCAGAGGGCUGUGAGAUUGACAUGCCAGCGGUUCCGCCUCUCUGUCUCGCGGCUAAAUCGGGACAACUUGAGAUCGUCAGGUACCUGCUAGAGGAAGGUGCCGACCCAGAUGCUGUUAUUGUAGACACGGAUGAUUCGGCUCUUUAUCUUGCAGCUAAGAAUGGGCACUGUGAGGUGAUGAAACUGCUUCUGGAACAUGAAGCUCACGUGCACUUUCCGGAUGAAGAACUCAAGGCGAGGCCGUUAUACGCCGCUGCGGAUCGUGGUCAUAUGGCUGCAGUUGAGAUUCUCACGGAUUCUAUGGAUUUAUCGGGACUUGUCGCCUCCGGGGAUGCUGGUGAUGAUGAGCACGUAAUGCUCCUCUUCCUUUGCGCAGCCUGUGGGUGGGAACCCAUGUUGCGGCAGCUACUUGAACAAGGAUGUUCGCCUGAUGCUCCCAAUCCAAGUGCUUACUUCUUCACGUCCAUUAUUCCCAAGGGAUUGUCACCCUAUGACCGUCAUCUUCAGGUCAUAAGAAAACCCUCGGCAUUGGCAUUCGCUGCUUAUAAUGGCCAUCUGGGAACCACUCGGAUUUUGCUUGAAUACAAUGCUAGCCUGUGCGAAGCGGAGGAUGAAUUCACAGAAAAUCCGCUCACGUUGGCCGUUUCUCAAUCUCAUUUGCCUAUUGUGCAUGCUCUUUUAGAACACGGGGCAAAUCCGAACUUUCGAGAGCAUAGAGGAGAAUUUAUCUUGCGCCAAGCUGUGCCAUCAUCCGAGAUAUUUGAGCUCCUGCUUGAUCAAGGAGCAAGCAUUGAUCGGAAGAGGACAUGGAAUGAAUCGCUGCUUGAAAAGAUUUUGAAAGAUGGGGCCAUUGGUAUUACGAAGAUCCUCCAGGAACGGGGGAUCUUCGAUUCGCUCUUGCACGAUGAGCGAGGCGAUGCUCUUGUAUGUGCCGCCCGUGGGGGUCUUCGCAUGGUGGAAUGUCUUCUGGAGCAUGGUUACAAGGUCACGCCGAAUAGUGAGGAAGCCCAACUUGCACUGGUGGAAGCCAUCAAAGGGGCUAAUACCGAGGUUAUAAAUCUGCUCUACGCAAGAGGUUUGGUAUUUGACAUAUCUGUUGUAUACAGAAAAAACCUUCUGGGAUGUAUAAAAUGUCCAAGCCCGGAUAUUGAGAAGGUCAUUUCUACCUUGGACACAUUACUCGCUCAUGGGGUCGAUAUCACCGCAGCUGACGGUCCUCUUUUCAACGUUCUCGAUAGGAAUGAUAAAUGCAAAAUCAAUGACAUCGAUCAUAAAUGCGACGGUGAUGAGGUCGAGCAAUACGUCUCGUUACUGUUGGACCGCGGUGCAGAUCCACUACAAUCACGAAGACGCAGCGAGUCAACCCCAUUAUCCGCGGCUGCGAUUCGGAAUAAGUCCAUUGUCCACUUGAUGUUGAAAGCAUUAGAUAGGCGGAGUAUAUGUCUAGAGCAAUUCGGACGGCAAAUUUUCUAUGCGCAAGCCCAGGCCAUUCGAGCAGACAAUGCAGGUGCGGUGCUGCUUCUGGGCCGGGCCUACUUGAAAAAAAUAUGA